GCUACUCUGAACAGAAAUGGAGGCUAGUCUGCUGGUGAUUCCUUUGUUCGUAUUAUUUUUAUCUACUACAGCUAAUGGGCAUGGGUUGAAGGUGGGUUAUUAUCACCAAACAUGCCCUGAGGCGGAGGAGAUAAUCAGUGAAACUGUUGCCAAAGCUGUUAAAGCGAAUCCUGGUGUGGCAGCUUCUUUCAUAAGGAUGCAUUUCCAUGAUUGCUUUGUAAGAGGUUGUGAUGGAUCAAUUCUCCUUGAUUCCACAGAAGACAACACAGCGGAAAAGGACUCCCCUGUCAACAACCCAAGCCUGACGGGCUACGACAUAAUUGAUGAAGCCAAGUCCAAACUGGAAGCCAAAUGUGCCGGCAUCGUUUCUUGUGCCGACGUAGUUGCAUUUGCUGCAAGAGAUAGUGCUUACCAAGCUGGUGGAUUAUUUUGGGCGGUUCAAGGCGGGCGAAGAGACGGAAGGAUAUCUCGCGAAUCAGAGGUCACAGAUAAUAUUCCCUUUCCCUCAUUUGAUGUAAAAAGGUUAACACAAUCUUUUGCUUCGAAGCAAUUGUCACAGGAGGACAUGGUCACUCUCUCAGGUGCCCAUUCAAUUGGGGUUUCUCACUGUGCUUCAUUCACCGGAGAUCGUCUGUACAACUUCAGCGGCAGAGGCGGUCAAGACCCUUCCAUGGAGUCUAACUAUGCUCUUCAGCUCAAGGCCAAAUGCCCCCCUUCGGCUUCAAACGACACCGUUGUUCCACUGGAUCCUCUCACACCCACUAAAUUGGACGCGAAAUACUACACUGAUUUGCGACACAAGCGUGGAUUGCUCAAGUCCGAUCAGACUUUGAUGUCAAAUUAUGCCACUUCCAGACAGGUGAAGAUAAAUGCAAAGUACCCCACAAUUUGGAGGAAAAACUUUGGAAGGGCAAUGGUAAAGAUGGGUGCAAUUGACGUGUUGACAGGAUCGCAGGGAGAGAUUAGGAAACAGUGCCGUGUCCCCAACUAGCCAAUUUUUCCACAGCCCAUAAAUUAGUUGAA